AUGAAACUAGUUUCAAGAAGUUUUGUCUAUUGGCCUACGAUGGAUUCGGACAUCGAAAAACUCGUCAAGACCUGCCCAAGAUGUGCAUCCGUGGCAAAGGAUCCGAUCAAGUCUGAACUACAUUCAUGGCCGAAACCGCACUCGCCGUGGAGUCGAGUUCAUGCCGAUUUCGCUGGACCGAUGGAAGGACGAUACUAUCUACUCAUCGUGGACGCCUAUUCCAAGUGGCCGGAAAUCGUCCAGAUGUCCUCAAUCUCCUCAACGGCUACUAUCCAAGCAAUGGAGUGCAUCUUUGCCAAGUUCGGAAAUCCAGAGACGCUCGUCACGGACAACGGAACGCAGUUCACGUCGUCUCAGUUCACUUCUUUCUGCCGUUCCCGAGGAAUCGUGCACAUUCGUACGCCGCCGUUCCAUGCACAAAGCAACGGACAAGCAGAACGUUUUGUGGACACCUUCAGAAGAGGACUUGAAAAACUGAAGGGGAGGAACCAACAGUGGAUGCACUACAGACGUUUCUCAUGGCAUAUCGCUCCACUCCCUGCCCGUCUGCACCUGACCAACGCUCACCCGCCGAAGCCUUCCUGGGACGCCGACUGCGAAUGGAACUCGAUCUAA